AAUUAAUUAAUCACAUAUAUUAUUAUCAGUUUUCAUUCCUUAAAAAGAUAAUUAAGAGAGUGAUUAGAGAGAAUUUUUGUUCUUUAAGAUGAAGAUUAACAUGGGAGUUGCUUCACUAAUCAUGAUUAGUGUGAUGAUUGGGGUGCAAUUAGGAGGUGUUGUUGGGUUUAAGAAUUUUAAUGUUGGUGGUAAUGUCACUUGGCGUGUUCCUGAUGGAAAUGAUACGUCUUUCUUUGAUCAAUGGGCUGCUUCUAAGAGGUUCCAUGUUGGUGAUUCUUUACUUUUUCAAUACCAAAACGACUCAGUUCUAGUAGUAGACAAAUAUGGCUACUACCACUGUGACACUAGCAAAGCCACCGCAACAUACACCGACGGCAACACCGUCGUUAAGUUGGAACGUCCAGGAUUCAUCUACUUCAUCACCGGGACCGGUGAUAACUGCCGCAAUGGCCAACGAUUGAUCGUUGAUGUCAUGUCACCACACUCUUCUACGGUGGCUGCUCCACCGGAAUCGUAUUAUCAACAGGCAGCUGAGUCUCCGACACCGGUGGCGGCCGAGGCAUACACCUCUGGCUCACCACAGUCACGGCUUCAAGUCUCAGCAGCAUUCCUAGGGCUAGUUGUUACUACUUCAAUGUUGUUUGUUUGAUGGAUUAAUUAUGUUUUAAUUUUAAUGUUAGGCUAUUUCUAGCUAGUAGGUUAUUUGUGUAGCUAAUUAUGCACCCAAGAUUGUUUUGGGUACGUUUUAGGGGUUUGUUAGUUUGAUUAUUAUUAUUAUUAAUUGACAUUGAAAUAUUUUAUUUAUACUAGUUUUUACAAUGAUAUCUAUUUCAAUGUUCUUUGUUUGA